CAUCAACUUUAUAAUAUUCCAAUUAGCAAUGGCUCUCCAAGCGACCUCAUUCUUCGUUCACAAUCUUGUAAACUUGCCGGGAAAGACCAAUGCAACUUUAAAGGAUUCAACCUUUCUUGGGGGUUCGCUUACCGAUCACCGUAAACUUGAUCUCGGUUCAUCCGCUUCAAGAAGCAAGAUAGAGUUCACUAGAAGAAAAGUGUACAAAACUCAAUCUGUAGCCACUACAAGUACUCCUCCGGUGACCCGAGCAGCACCGGAGGAGAAAAAAACAUUACGAAAAGGGACCGUAAUCAUAACCGGAGCAUCCUCCGGUCUUGGCCUCGCCACCGCGAAAGCCUUAGCCGAAACCGGAAAAUGGCACGUGAUCAUGGCAUGUAGAGACUUUCUAAAAGCAGAAAGAGCCGCAAAAUCAGCCGGAAUAUCAAAAGAAAACUACACAGUAAUGCAUCUAGACCUAGCAUCAUUCGAUAGCGUCCGCCAAUUCGUCGCUAACUUCAAGCAAUCGGGCCAACCCCUAGACGUUCUAGUAUGCAACGCCGCGGUAUACCAACCAACCGCGAAAGAACCAACCUUCACAGCUGAUGGAAUAGAGCUAAGUGUGGGAACUAACCAUUUGGGACACUUUCUUCUAUCCAGAUUAUUGCUUGAUGACAUGAAAAAGUCCGAUUACCCGUCGAAAAGACUUAUAAUAGUUGGGUCUAUUACUGGAAACACCAACACUUUAGCAGGAAAUGUACCUCCAAAAGCAAGCUUAGGUGACAUGAGGGGUUUAGCAGGCGGAUUAAACGGGUUAAACAGCUCAACGAUGAUUGAUGGAGGCAAAUUCGACGGUGCAAAGGCGUAUAAAGAUAGUAAGAUAUGUAACAUGCUUACCAUGCAAGAGUUUCAUAGGAGAUACCAUGAAGAAACUGGAAUUACAUUUGCUUCUUUGUACCCGGGGUGCAUUGCGACAACCGGGCUGUUUAGGGAACAUAUUCCCCUCUUUAGGUUGUUGUUUCCUCCUUUCCAGAAGUUUAUAACAAAAGGGUAUGUGUCGGAAGAGGAAUCGGGUAAGCGGCUUGCGCAGGUUGUGAGUGAUCCGAGCUUGACGAAAUCGGGUGUGUAUUGGAGCUGGAACAAGGAUUCGGCUUCGUUCGAGAAUCAGUUGUCGGAAGAAGCAAGUGAUGUGAGCAAGGCUAGGAAAGUGUGGGAGAUAAGUGAGAAGAUUGUUGGGUUGGCUUGAGUUUGAGUUGGUUGUUAAUGAAGUGAAGUUUGGUGAUGUACAUUUUGUUUUUAGUUUCAACUAGGGUUAACUCCCCGGCGCGUUGCAGCCGAGGGCUUACAUAUUAAACACAAUAGAAGUACACGACGUUGCGGCAUGUUUUCCUACAAUACCAACAAUCGCUUUAACAAUUAAAGCGAUGUUAAAUGUAUCGAUGUCGAUUUGACCCGUAACAUUUGAAAGAUUAAACAUAAAUGUAUCAGUGCCGAUUUAAUUCAUUACAAUACGAACAGUUGCUUUAACAAUUAAAAGAUUAAACUUAAAUGUACAACUUUUUAGAGAAAGUAGAAUAAAGGUAUUUAAAUCAACAUGUUCUAUAUGUCAAACAUGGUUUCUCCAUACACUUAUUCAAAUGUUAUACAAAUAUUAGAUCUAACAUAUUAUAGAAAACUCACACUCAGCUUUAUUUUGAAGUAAAAUACUAUAUAUUGAGUUUAUAUAAUGAGUUUAAGGAAGUCAAUAAACCUUGAUUUUUAUUGAAUGAUAAAUAAUCAUUUUUAUUUCAUUUUUUUAUAAUUUCACACCAAACGUUAUUUUAUGAUUAACAAUCCAAACUCCACUCAAAAUAUUCAUUUAAAGAUUUAAAAACAAUUCUGACUUGUCACGUGAAAUUGUUUCCUUCAUUUGCAUUCCCAAUAUAUCAAAGCUGU